AUGUUGCGGCACCGGAGCAGGUCCGAGCUCCUCUUCCUGGCCCACCUGAUCCUGGCAUGUCAGCCAUGCACUGCUGCAAACGAGGAGCUGAGAGGCGCUCAGCUACCCAUGUCCACGCCAAGCUCUGGCAACCACAGCAGCACAGGCCCAAAAACACUCCGGCCGAGGGUGAGCCACAUCUGGGAGAUGCAGCCGGGGAGAUGGCCAGACUGCGGGUUCCUGCAGGAGGAUGGCUCUGUCUUCAUGGUGCGUGACGAUGCGGACAUGCUCAAGGCCGCGCAGCGGUUUUGCAGGCGAAUGAUUCUCACAAACUGUACCUCAACACACAAGAUGGCGGAGCUCUGUCCUGGUAGCUGUCCCUUCCUGGAGCUGAGUAGCUAUUCCAGCUGGGAUGGAUAUGGGAACCGGAUUCCUUGCGGCACUGCGUGCGUCCCGCCACAGGAAUGCGGGGCAUACCGCCCAGACUUGCCAUUCCCGAAUCCGAACACGCAGAUGUGUGAGAGCUGUCCAUCUGAUGGUUGUGAGGAGUGUGAGUAUGUUGAGGUGAAGAGGGAGGGCAAGGAAUCCGUGCAGUUGCAGUGCACGCAGUGUGGUCAAGGGUUUGCGCUCACAAGCGAGGGCCUUUGCGAGUACCUGCUCGACAAGCUCCUUCUGAAAACCUAUUCAAUUCUCGGUGCAGUCCUGGUCUGCUUGAUCGUGGUUGCGGUGGUCCUAAGCAUAACCUGCAACAAAAACUCAGAAGUGCUAACACGAGGCCUGGAACAUCGGGAGCGCUGCUUGCCCCAUGAUGUAGAAACCCGGGCUGCCCGACCCGACAAGAAAGGGGGGACGGAGGAGAUCUACUAUGCCCGCGCGCCGCUCUACCCGCUGAAUGCCAAUGUCCACUCGCGGAACAUCGUGGGUGUGGGCCUCGCGCUCUACUACAACCACUUGGUGUUCGUGGCCGCCAUCGCAUUCAUUGGCUGGGCGCUUCUCCGGUUUUCGGAGGGUCUCUUCGGCAUGCAGCACUGGGACACGCUGCAGUGCGGAUAUGGUGGAAGCGCGCAGUCUGAGGCGGCAGUUGCUGGCUACGCGAAGCGACGGGCUCUGAUCGCUCUCUUCCUCUGGCUUGCGAUUCUGCCGGCGUCGAUUAUCUUUGCCCGAUGGCAGGCUUCGGCCGCUCGAACGUACGACCGCGUCCACACGCGCAUGGAAGACUACUGCUUCGGCUUGUCCAACCUGCCACCCGAAGCCACAAAUCCUGUGGACCUGCAAGCGUGGAUAGAGGAGAGAUUCGGAGGCCGAAUAGAGGGCGUGUCGAUUUGCUACGACAUCCGUGGCUCGCAGAACUGUCUCGGUUUCAACACCGGAGAGCUGCGAGGUCUGAUAGGGAAGAAGCUGGAUGAGCAUCUUCAGAUGCACGAGGAGAUCUUCGUCGCGGCGCUGGGUGUGCCCAGAAACCGCCGGCGAACGCUGCGCCAUCGGAUGCUGAGCAAGCUGCCGUCUGUCCAAGAGGCUGGGUCGAUGAGCCUCUUCGACGGCGAGGUGAAGACCAAAGCGUGGCUGUCAGGCCUGAAGUGUAGUGGCGAAGCCUUCGUGGUGAUGAAGCAGGAGGCCGACGUGGAGCUCUUCUUCACUCUCUGGGAUCAGCCGCGUGGCCUGCAGCGAACUGGGUCCUUCUUCUCCUUUCAUGAUGGAAGCCCGUCGCUGGACAACGCGAAGAAGUCGCGGCGGAGGGACCGCUCCUAUCUCGGUCAGGAGCUCGAGAUUCGGGAGGUCACAUCAGAGCCUACCUCGAUCAUCUGGGAGCACAUGGGCACCUCUCAUGGACAGCUGGCUGCUCGCAUUUGCUGCGCUUCCAUCGGGUUCCUGUCUGCAAUCGCCAUCUUCUACUUUGUUCUGUAUAUCCCACUGACGAGUUCCGUGGUGAGAUAUGCACGAAUGUCUGGCAAACCUCCUUCGGCUUUUCAGACCGCGGGCUUGGGCAUCGUGGUGGGUGCUGGCAACAACCUGAUCGCCAACCUGCUCUGGCUAGGUGUUCCUUGCCUGGGCUUCAAGCGGAAGGAUCAGGCGGACAUUGUCACGUUUGGGGCCCGGACUCUGCUCGUGCUCCUCAACACUUUCAUCUCUGUGCUGCUCACAGCCCGGAAGCUUGCAGCCACUGGCCAGCCAGAGAAGAACAUGUUCAGCACCGCGGGCAGCACCCUCGCGCGAUCUGCGGAGCUUUCUCGGGAGGCAUCGCUGGCAGAUGCUGUCCUCAAGAUGUUCGUUACCGGAACUUUCUCGUCGUGCAUCUUCUCGUUCUGCUUUGUUCCUCUUACCCUCUGGCAGGGGAUCUUUCUGAUUCGCACUGGUCUGAUGGGCUCGAACCUCUCUGGCCGUGACUGUGAACGAGCACUUCAGCCUGACGAGAUCUGGUUGCCCUGGGACUACGCGAGCCACAUACAGCUGACGUGCUGCGCUUUCUUCCCGCUGGUGUUAGCCGAGCCUCCGGGCUCUUGCGCCUCCCGCGUCCUCUGCGGCGCGUUGGUGAUGUGGUGUGCCAUUAUGUACUGCGCCCAGCGCAUUAUCCACUUCAGGGCCUCCAAGGAGACCUUCUUCACCACCCCGAGGUUGGACAAGGCGGUCCUUGCAGGCUGGGCUCUGCCCGUCAGCCAGCUUGCUGUGACCUCUGCGGGCUGGGCAUGCCGUGCCGUCAGAUUUGAGCUUGUUGCAUCCGUGCCCAUCUGCAUCGUCACAUUCCUUGCCAGUUCUGCACUCUACCUGGUCCUUCUCUCGAAGGCCCUGGAUCACCACCAGAGCAUCCGCUAUCUCUACGCCACCAAGAGCGAGUCCUACAAAUCCGCCUUGGCGCGAUUGCGCUACAGCUACUUCAACACCAACCCCAUCCACGUGCUCAUGGCGCAGCACUUGCCAGACCUGGGCCUCAACGAAGCCACCUGGUACGAGGCUGGAAAAGCAUACCUCCAGGCAGAGGAUCCAAGCAUGGAUGCGCGCCUGGAAGCUACACGGGCGUUGGCGGAACAAGCCGAGGACACUCAGAAGCGUCCGCGAUCCUUCCUCUCCCGCAUGGCAUACAAGGCCCGCGUUUGGUUCACCGGUGCCCCGAAGCACGCCUACCAAGCCCUGGACGAGACCAUCCAGUGA